UCCUCCUCCUCUAGGAGUUUCUUCUGCAAAUGUUGCAGAUUUAAUUGACUUGCUGUGUCCAGAAAUAUAACCAGGAGACUUUUCGAUCUUUUCAGCAAGGAUGCAUUUCAACGUGUUCCUGGGCGGACUGCUGCUGACUCUCUGGCUGCUCCCCUCCAACUUUCUGAGAGUGCGGGGGCAGUUCCAGGGGGAGAGGGGGAUUUCCAUCCCGGACCACGGCUUCUGCCAGCCCAUCUCCAUCCCGCUGUGCACGGACAUCGCCUACAACCAGACCAUCAUGCCCAACUUGCUAGGGCACACCAACCAGGAGGACGCCGGACUGGAGGUGCACCAGUUCUACCCGCUGGUCAAGGUGCAGUGUUCCCCCGAGCUGAAGUUUUUCCUGUGCUCCAUGUACGCCCCGGUGUGCACGGUGCUGGAGCAGGCGAUCCCGCCCUGUCGCUCCAUCUGCGAGCGAGCCAGGCAGGGUUGCGAGGCUCUGAUGAACAAGUUCGGCUUCCAGUGGCCGGAGCGGCUCCGCUGCGAGAACUUCCCGGUGCACGGCACCGAACAGCUGUGCGUGGGCCAGAACCACUCGGAGGAGGGCAGCCCCACCACCGUGCCCACCGUGCCCAUCCAGGAGCUGGGCACCCCCAAGCCCCCUCCCUACAACCGCGAGCAGCCCUUCCACUGCCCCCGGGCCCUCAAGGUGCCCUCGUACCUCAACUACAAAUUCCUGGGGGAGAAGGAGUGCGCUGCGCCCUGCGAGCCCUCCAAGAGCAACGGCUACAUGUUCUUCAACGACGAGGAGAUCAAGUUCGCCCGCAUCUGGAUCCUCAUCUGGUCCUCCCUGUGCUGCGCGUCCACCCUCUUCACCGUCACCACUUACCUGGUGGACAUGCAGCGGUUCCGCUACCCCGAGCGACCCAUCAUCUUCCUGUCGGGCUGCUACACCAUGGUUUCCAUCGCCUACAUCGCCGGCUUCAUCCUGGAGGACAAGGUGGUGUGCAACGAGAAGUUUGCCGAGGACACCUACAAGACGGUGGUGCAGGGCACCAAGAAGGAAGGUUGCACCAUCCUCUUCAUGAUGCUCUACUUCUUCAGCAUGGCCAGCUCCAUCUGGUGGGUCAUCCUGUCCCUCACCUGGUUCCUGGCCGCCGGCAUGAAGUGGGGCCACGAAGCCAUCGAGGCCAACUCCCAGUACUUCCACCUGGCUGCCUGGGCGGUGCCAGCGGUGAAGACCAUCACCAUCCUGGCCAUGGGGCAGAUCGACGGGGACCUGCUGAGCGGCGUGUGUUUCGUGGGCUUGAACAGCAUCGACCCGCUGCGGGGUUUCGUGCUGGCUCCGCUCUUCGUCUACCUCUUCAUCGGCACCUCCUUCCUGCUGGCGGGCUUCGUCUCCCUCUUCCGAAUCCGCACCAUCAUGAAGCACGACGGCACCAAGACCGAGAAGCUGGAGAAGCUGAUGGUAAGGAUCGGCGUGUUCAGUGUGCUCUACACCGUGCCCGCCACCAUCGUCAUCGCCUGCUACUUCUACGAGCAGGCGUUCAGGGAGCAGUGGGAAAAAAGCUGGAUCAGCCAGACUUGCAAAAGCUACGCCAUCCCCUGCCCCAUUCAUUACUACCCCAGGAUGACUCCAGACUUCACUGUGUACAUGAUCAAAUAUCUCAUGACCCUCAUCGUGGGCAUUACGUCUGGCUUUUGGAUCUGGUCGGGUAAGACUCUACACUCGUGGCGCAAGUUCUACACCAGGCUCACCAACAGCAAACACGGAGAGACAACCGUGUGAGAGGGGGACAAAAGUUAACACGGGACUUCCUAUUGUGUAUUUUUUUGUUUUUUUGUUUUUUUUUUAAAUUGGUUUUACUUAACGAUUGCAUUAGGAUAACUUCCCAAGGUGUAAUAAAACCUGUAAAUAGCAUUUGUAAAAAAAGUUUUAAUUAUAUAUUUGUAUUUAAAAAAAAAGUCCUACUUGAGAAUUUUUUUUUAAAAAAGUUCUUCGGUACAGGUUUUCACUGAUUAUUAUUAUUUUUUUUGACUUGCCAAUGGAUUUCCGCAAAAGGGGUUGGAUUUCAAAACUGAUGGCUGGCUCAAUGGACCCUUUUUUUCCCCCCCUCAUUCGAUUCGAUAAAGAAAGUUUCUCCUCUUCUUCCUCCUUCACCCCUUCCCCCCGAGGUGAUGUAGAAAUCGCGGCGCUACUGCACAUUCACAGAUAGUCAUGGAUAAAUAUAAAACUUCCCUCCUCCUCUCGGAAUCUAAUGAAGAGCACAUGACUAUUUUCCCUUCCAUGACUGUAGGGAGCUUGCAGCAAAAAUCUUUUUUCUCCCAAAAAAAGUCUCGUGUUUAAUAACGAGGUUCGUUUCUAAUUUUACACUCCCAAAAAAACUUUUUUUUAAAAAACUGAGGCACAUUUUUUUCUCUCUCUCUCUCUUUCAAGCACGUUUCUAACAGCCCCAGACUAUUCGAUCGUCUAAUUCUUAAAAGAUUUGUAACAACAUGCACAAGUGAUUUUAAACUGUGCGCAGAUGUCCGUUUCAAUCAGUGAGCACUAAGUGCUUUUAUUUUAAACUGUUGUGUUCGGCCUGGGUUUGUUCAUAGCUUCAUGUUUGAUCACAAUUCUUUUUAUAUUUAUAGAUCAAUAGAAUUGUUUCUAUAUUUGGCAUUUUUUUGCCCCUUUUUAAAUAAAAUUCCACUUUUUUUAUACAAUGUCAGGAGUUGCAUGUCCUUUUGGAGCGCAGGUUUUUUUUGGAGGGCAAGUGGAUGUCUGCAAACUGGUGUAAAAUUCAUAUUCUCCCCUCUCUCACUGUGAAUACAGUUCUUCACAAAAGGGUGCACAGCCCUACUGUGGGGGUCUCCAUACGAGUUUCCUCACCAUGUAAGGGUUUUGUGUGGGGGCCUCUCCCGUCUUUCUCCCAUUCCAUAGCUGAAAGCCAUUUAGAAAAGGACAUUUGAGUUUAAAGUGUGGUUGUAAACUAAUCACUGUCACUUUAGUUUUAAAUAAGAUUUCCCACCAAGUCACCAGAGACGCAAGUGCCUUUUAUUUGUAAAUGUUUUCUUUCUCCCUCCCCAUGUGGGAUAAUCUGUUGCUCUUUUUUUUAAGCUUUUGGAAUCAUUGAUUUUAAAUCUGUCUAAGAAUAUUCCAGUAAAUUGGUUGUAUUUCAAAC